AAACAGAUAUGGCAAUCAUUAUCGAACAUGGGUGCCACCCCAUACAUUUUGACACUUUAUACCUCUCCAAAAAAAUCCAACUACUCCUCCUCUCAUAAUCAUCAUUCAUCAAUAAUAUCUAUAUAUAAUCUUAAUAUAUGCAAAAAAAAUUCCUCAAUUUAUGACACCUAUCUCCUAAAUUCUCCUCCAAAACAAUGCAUACUUGCUAUAUUUCCCUUCCCAUUCUUCUCCUCUUCCUCCUCUCAUGGACUCACCAAGCUGCAGCCCAUCUAAGUGCUGCAAGCCAGUUCUUGGCGCCGCAGAAUGCAGCUCGUGCCACGCUGAGGAUGCCGCCGUUGGUGUGGGACUCAAAACUCGCACGCUAUGCUCAGUGGUACGCCAACCAGAGAAGGUAUGAUUGUGACCUCAGGCACUCCAAUGGACCUUAUGGUGAGAACAUUUUCUGGGGGAGUGGCAGUGGGUGGAGUCCUGCUCAGGCUGUCACUGCUUGGGUCUCUGAGAGAAAAUGGUAUGAUUAUUGGUCUAAUUCUUGUGCUGGUGAUCAAGAAUGUGGACAUUAUACUCAGGUUGUUUGGAGGAAGACGAGAAGAGUUGGGUGUGCCAAAGUUAAUUGUUCUGGUGGUAAGGGAGUUUUCAUGACUUGCAAUUAUGAUCCUCCUGGGAAUUUCAUUGGAGAAAGGCCUUAUUGAUUGUUAUUAUUUCGAUGAUAAUAAUGGAAUUUUUUCAACUAAGAAUUUCAAUAUUUGUUCUAUAACUUUAGUGGAUUCAGUUAUGUUAAUUGUCUGGUCAAUUUCAAUGGUUUUAUUUUGUGCAAGAGCAAUUUUCUUAA